UUAGGUGGAUUUUAUGUUGUACAUAAACUGAGGAAGCGUCUAUAGAGGCGCUCGUGGUUAUCUCUUGCUUCCCCCUUUGCGAUGCCGGUCGAGCAGGGUGAGCUGCGCAAAGCCCAGGAAUGCGAGAGUCUCGACGUGCAUGCUGAGACUCGGGAUAUCUUCACUGAGGAUUCGUUGGACCCUGUAUACCAUGCCAAGGCCAGGAUUCUUAAUGAUGCGUUGCAGGAGAUUGGAAUGGGAAAAUAUCAGUGGUACUUGUUCGUGGUUGCUGGAUUUGGCUGGCUGUCCGACAAUCUUUGGCCGAUUGUCACUGGCUUGAUAUUAACACCAGUAGUGAACGAAUUUAACGUACUGGGACCUUGGCUAAAACUCGCCCAAAACAUCGGCUUGCUGGUGGGAGCUGCUCUUUGGGGGGUCUCUUCAGAUGUUUGGGGUCGGAGAUGGGCCUUCAACAUCACUCUGUGCAUGACCAGCCUGUUUGCUCUUGCAGCUGGGGGAUCGAUGAACUAUGUUGCGCUCUGUUCCCUGACCGCGGUGUGGUCGGUGGGUGUGGGUGGAAAUUUGCCUGUCGAUUCUGCUGUCUUCUUAGAAUUCACCCCCGCUUCUCACCAAUAUCUGUUAACGGUACUCUCUAUUUGGUGGGCCUUUGGGCAAUUGUUGGGUAGCCUGGUUGCAUGGCCUCUCAUUGCCAAUUACUCUUGUCCCACCACCGUCCCCCCUUCUCCCUGCCCGAGAUCGUCAAAUCAAGGGUGGCGAUAUUUCUUGUUCACCAUGGGCGGGUUUAUGAUGCUCCUUUGGGUAAUCCGCUUCUUCGUUUUCAACCUAUACGAGAGUCCAAAAUACCUCAUGGGACGAGGUCGGGAUGAACAAGCAGUCGAGGUCGUCCACAAAAUUGCAGCUUACAAUGGGAAAACGAGCAACCUCACGCUCGAAGACCUCCAAAGGGCUGGAAAAUCAGCUGACGCUGCUGUACGGAGGCAGAUGGGGAUAUUUAGCGAUAACCGUGUUAAAUCGUUAUUUGCUACUCGAAAGACGGCUUGGUCGACAAUUAUUUUGAUCAUACUUUGGGCUUUCAUCGGCCUCGCGUUUCCGCUGUACAACAGCUUCGUAACAUACUUCUUGGCCACCCGAGGGGCAAAUUUUGGAGAUGGUUCGACGUAUAUCACGUAUCGCAAUCAAGUCAUACUAAGCGUGAUAGGUAUUCCUGGAGCAUUGAUGGCAGGUUACUUUGUCGAGCUUUCAUACCUCGGUAGGCGAGGCACCUUGGCAAUAUUCACCGUAUUGACGGGCGUGUUCAUAUUGGCAUCCACCACCGCACGCACUUCCAAUGCGCUCCUUGGCUGGAACUGUGGUUAUAGCUACACGAGCAACGUCAUGUAUGGCGUCUUGUAUGCUCUUUCACCUGAAUUGUUCCCUACGAAAGAUCGUGGAACUGGAAAUGCGAUUGUGGCCACUGCAAACAGAAUUUUUGGUGUCAUGGCCCCGAUCAUUGCCUUGUAUGCGAACCUCACCACAUCUGUGCCAAUAUGGAUUUCAGGAGCUAUUUUCAUCGCUUCUGGUUUUAUUGCUCUCUUGCUACCAUUUGAACCCCGUGGUCACGCAUCUUUGUAGCUACUAGUAAUCGGUCACGUUUAUUUUGCACGGCUGGGCGGAUGGCUUCCAUGAUGCCUGUCCAGCUUGUAUGAGCAUAGAUAUCUUGAUAUUGCAUCAUUGUUAAUAAGCAUGGAGAAUAAAAUAGGAAUGGAGCAGGGAGUAUAUAAGUGCGUG